AACGUGUUCCUAUUGAUUCUUGGUGGUCACUAUGAAUUCUGUUCAGCGCUAUUAUUGCGUUUUAGUAGCAGGCAUGCGUACAUUUGUGACGGCUGACAAAAUUAGUCGAAGAUGAGGCCCCUUCUCGUGGUGACCCGACCAGUGUUGACAAGGUGUUACCGUUUUGCAAGUAAAAUGGCAUCAGAGGCAAAGCGAGCAAAGUUGACGGACAGUGAGAGGGAGUCCCAGUUAGAACCACUGAUGGGGAAGGGGUGGACCAUGGUAGAUGGUAGGGACGCCAUCUACAAGGAGUUUCUCUUCAAAGACUUCAACCAGGCAUUUGGCUUCAUGUCUCGCGUGGCUCUCAGGGCAGAGAAGAUGGACCACCACCCAGAGUGGUUCAAUGUCUACAACAAAGUCCAGAUCACGCUCAGCACCCACGAUGUGUCAGGGUUGUCAGGGCGGGACAUCACCCUGGCAACCUUUAUAGAGAAGGCUGCAUCCUCCAUCCAGUGAUUCUUCCAUUGUUAAGGCCUUGAGGGCAACUUAGGCUAGCUAGUGCUAAUAAUGGUGCAUAUUGAUUGGUGAGCUUGUCAUACAUACAAUUGUCAUCUCUGUACACUACAAGUGUUAUGAUGAAAUUACUUCUUGUAUUUUCUCAUAUCUUGUAAGACUUGUAUGGACUUGAUGGUUCACUGAAUUGUGGGGUAUGGACAAGUGUAUUGUGCUCACUAUGAGGGCUUCUAGGAAACAGAACAGAACACUUCCUAUUGCUACUGAGGUGAUGCAUUCUUCAUGAUUGUAAAGCAAGAUGACAGUACAUAAAAUGAUUGAUUUCUGUUUAUGAGUUUGUACGCUUAUGUGUAACAUAGGUGAUGCAACAUAAAAUUGGCAUAAUGGCAGUACUAAGUUUGAGAAAAUCAUGCUGUCUGCUUGAUUAAAAUGAUUUUUCUGUCAAUAGAGAAUGUGCAUGUGGAUUUAUUUACUAAUAUCUGGAGUAGUAAAAUUCCACUGAAAACAGGUUUUUGUGGUACCCCUGAUAUGAUGGAUAACUGGAACAUUGCUGUAUAGAGCAAGUCAAGGUUAUGAUCAUUUCUUUCUGUUGUAAUUGCAAGGAUGUCUUGCUGGGGAUUUAAUAGAGAUUAUUUUGAUUGCCCUAAGGUGCCACAAGAGUGAAACUGGAAAUGGUGAACUGUGUAGUAGGUAAUGGUAAUUGUGUUACAACUACUUGAAAACAUAGGGAAGAAUAAAGGCAACCUGAUUGGUA